UGUUCUCAUCACGUAGAUGCGAGGGACCACGGCAACCCGGGUCUAAGGAGCGGGUUAGGGUUGCCCGGCGCAGUGUUCAUCGCCCGGCCCAGCCCACGCUCCGUCCCCGCUGCUCCGAACCCCAGCCUGCGCUUCUCGCCGUGUCUGGAAGGGUGGCAGUCAAUUCAUGUCCUGGACGCGUUUGGAGGCAUUGCUAGCUAUUGAGGAAGGAAGCUCAGCAGAUGAGAUCAUAGUACAAUCUUUGCUGGGAGUUCGUGUUGCUGAGGUGCGAUGGCUGAUCACAUGGGCCCUCCUCCUUGUGGCUUGGGCCAUCAUGCUUUGGCUGAUGCGCUUGUCGAUGACAGAGAUCAUCACAAUCAUACUGGAAGUGAAGAUGAUGUAUUUGGUGAUCGUCGAAAGGGAGAUGUAUUUAGGAAAGGGAGGAUUUAUAAGAAAGGAAAUUGGACGGCAGCAGAGAUCCUAGUGUUGCAGGCAGCGCGAAGGGAAGACUUUGAUAGAGUUCGCAGGGGUAACUUGAAAGAACGACACAAAUCAGCACAAGAGAGAUGGAAGUGGAUAGAGGAUUAUGGCUGGAGCCAAGGAGUUCACAAAAGUGCACAGCAAUGUCAAGACAAAUGGGAGCUGCUGGUGUCAGAAUUUAAGAAAGUGAAUGAUCAUGAGAAGAAUCUGCCUGGAGGUCAGAAGUCGUACUGGGAUAUGUCAAAGGAAGAGAGAAAGAAGACAGUUAUGCCUCCUAAUUUCUAUAAGGAUGUUUACAAUGCUCUAUCAGAGUGGUAUUGCAAAGGCCGCCCUGCAGACCCUGGAGAGCUGGACACGUCAGGCCCUCUUCGUCAUACUGGUGUAUCUCAUAGAAGUCUUAGCCUUCAGGCUGCCAGUGACGCAGAGUUCUCCGUCCCUGAGGACUCAGAUGGUGAUGGUGACCCCGAAUCAUUAUUAAGGAAACAAAAGAGAAAGUCUUCAUUGUUUCCACUGUCAGAGGAGUACGGUCUGGCCUGUAUUCUGAAAAUUAACAACAAAAGGGUGAUUGAUGCGAUGAUGGAGAGUGAGGACCGCAAGGACAAACGUCAUAGAGAAGACAUAGAUAUGGAGGAGAAGAAGCUUGAUUUUGAACGGGAGAAGUUCCGAGGAACGAUGCAGUUGGGAGCGGGUUACAUUAAUGCUCUUAACAGCAUUGGCGAUGGUCUGAAGCAACUUGGAGCAGCCCUCUCUGCAACCAGUCAAGCCUGAGUAAUGAUUUGUUCAGGCGAUUUUUUGUGCUUAUCAAGUGGCUUAGGUUUUCUAUCGAAUCUAUCUGAAGUGAUAUGUCCUUAGGAUUUUAGGUCUUCACAACAAACAAAAUAGGAACCUAUCUUACUGAGUGAACCGUGUUUAUGGUAAGGAGCUGCUCAUUAGAACCAGAUUUGCAGUAGUGUAGUUGCACACUCGCACUUGGUGGUCAGGCAAGCGUUUGCUUUUUUUGUUUGGUGAACAGAAUGACUGCUGUUUAGCCGAAACAGGGUGCUGGGUUCCUUCAAAUCUUUAUACAUUGUUGCAAGGGUCAGGUAUAGUUUGUAUAGAUAGUAGAUCCAUUCGACAAGCUUAAUUACUGCUGUGUACCCUGAAGGGGUAUGGGCACAGGAAGAGAAGUUGGGACUGUAGACUCGAUCCUAAUCUCAGGUGAAUCCCAUAGGAUUGGCACUUAGUGUGUUCAUUAGAUUUUUGGUAUUCUAAGAUACAGUUCUCUUGUACUUUUUGUACUUGUACAUACAGCAGCUUCAGUCAUACA